ACCAUUUAUCCGGAAGUUGAUCUGCUUCACAUGCUGUUCGUAAACAAAACUUGAACAGAGCCUUUUUAUCAAUUUCUUUCUUAAGUGGGUUAUUUUUCAUAUCAAACACAUUGAGAUCGUUUAAACCAAAAUAGAAGAUGGGAGUUCCAGCAUUUUUCCGCUGGCUGAGCAGAAAAUACGCCUCCAUUGUAGUGCAUUGUGUUGAGGAAAAGCCAAAGGAAGUAAAUGGGGAAAAGUUUCCCGUGGACUCGAGCAAGCCCAAUCCAAAUGACAUUGAGUUUGACAACCUGUACCUGGACAUGAAUGGGAUCAUCCAUCCGUGCACACAUCCUGAGGACAAGCCAGCCCCAAAGAAUGAGCAGGAAAUGAUGAUCCUGAUAUUUGAGUACAUAGACAGAAUUUUCUCCAUUGUGCGACCUCGACGCCUCCUGUAUAUGGCUAUUGAUGGAGUGGCUCCUAGAGCAAAAAUGAACCAGCAGAGAAGUAGACGUUUCCGUGCUUCUAAAGAAAUGGUUGAGACAGCUGAAGAGAUAUCUCGCAUACGGGAAGAACUGCGUAUGAAGGGCUGUGAAGUCCCACCAGAGAAGCCGGCAUCGGAGAAGUUUGACAGCAACUGUAUCACACCAGGUACUCCAUUCAUGUUCCGGCUGGCGGACUGUCUGCGGUUUUAUGUUCAUGACCGCCUGAACAAUGACCCGGGCUGGAGGGGCAUCAAGGUCAUACUGUCCGACGCCAACACUCCCGGGGAGGGCGAACAUAAGAUCAUGGACUACAUCCGCAGACAGAGAGCCCAGCCUGACCAUGAUCCUAACACCAGCCACUGUCUGUGUGGAGCUGACGCUGAUUUGAUCAUGCUUGGCUUGGCAACCCAUGAGGUGAAUUUCACAAUCAUCCGAGAGGAGUUUAAACCCAACAAGCCCCGCCCCUGUUCCCUGUGUGGACAGAUAGGCCAUGAGUUGAAGGAUUGUCAGGGCCUGGCCAAGGAGAAGCAGGGAGAGCAUGAUGAGGUUGCCGCCCCGUUCUGUGAGGAGACGCCGUUCAUCUUCCUGCGUCUCAACAUACUGCGGGAAUACCUGGAGAGGGAGCUACAGAUGCAUGGGCUGCCCUUCACAUAUGAUUUUGAGCGAGCCCUUGAUGACUGGGUGUUCAUGUGCUUCUUUGUGGGCAAUGACUUCCUGCCCCAUCUGCCCUCCCUGGAAAUCAGGGAAGGUGCUAUCGAUCGAUUAAUCAAACUUUACAAAAAUGCUGUCAGAAAAACUGGGGGUUAUCUGACUGACUCAGGAGUAGUUGCUUUGGAACGAGUUCAACUCAUCAUGCAAGAUCUUGGGGAAGUAGAGGAUGAAAUCUUCAAGAAAAGACGCACAGAUGAUGUACAGUUUAGGAAAAGAAACAAGGAUCGAAGGAGAAAAAAUAGAAGGAUGGAUGACAAGCCACGAUAUAUUCCUGGUGGUAUGUUGGCCCCACGGCCCUUGGGUCGGGAUGGGGGUGGAGGGCGUGGUCGGCCGGGGCUGGGCUCCUCGGGUAAUGUCAGACAGGAGGCUUAUCAGCAGAGAAUGCAGGGAUUUUCCACCUCCAGUACAGACCGCGACCUUGCCAACCUGGAUGCUGCACAGGCUCUCAAGGCCAUGAUGAAUACUGAGAACAGUGGAGAGAAGCGUAAAAGAGAUGGUGAGGACAGUGACAGUGAUCCUGAGCCUGAUGAUGAAGUCAAGCUAUGGGAGGAUGGUUGGAAAGACCGAUACUACAAGAGCAAGUUUGAUGUGGAACCUCAGGAUAUGGCCUUCAGACACAAUGUGGCUAACCACUAUGUACGAGGCUUGUGCUGGGUGUUGCGCUACUACUACCAGGGAUGUGCCUCGUGGAAGUGGUACUUCCCUUACCACUAUGCCCCCUUCGCAUCUGACUUUGUCAACAUAGCUGCACUCUCAAAUGACUUUGAGAAAGACACAGAACCAUUCAAGCCCCUUGAGCAGUUGAUGGGGGUGUUUCCCGCGGGCAGUCGUCAACAUGUGCCCCCCUCAUGGCAGAACCUUAUGACUAAUCCAAAGUCACCAAUUAUAGACUUCUACCCAGUUAACUUCAAAAUUGACCUCAAUGGCAAGAAAUAUGCAUGGCAGGGUGUGGCAUUGUUGCCGUUUGUGGAUGAGAUACGGUUAUGGAAGGCACUGGAAUCCGUAUAUCCUGACCUUACUGAGGCUGAGGUAAAGCGUAACAUCCGAGGUGGUGACCGUCUGUUUGUAAGCCAGGACCACGCCUCCCAUGCCUUUAUGGAGGCACUCUAUGAAGAUGGCGGGAAUACUGACCUUAGACUGGAGUUGAACCCGAAACAAAGUCAGGGCAUGGCGGGCACGAUCUGGGCUGAUGAGUUUGUCAACCUCACAGGAGAGGCUGUGAAGAGUCCCUUACCCCAGCUAACAGAUCUCAAGGACAACAGAGUCAUCAGUGUACAGUACCUGGAUCCCCAGUUCCCCAGAGAUUUUCUGUUCGAAGCAAAGAUUCUUCCUAAUGCCAAGAUGCCUGAUCAUGUGCUGAAGCCUGAGGAUUUUGAGCGGUUCAAACAAGGAGGCAACUUCCGAGGCAACUACCGUGGCAACUCCCGAGGCAACUACCGACCCCAGCUGGGAUUCCAACCACACAGUGGUUACCGCGGCAACAAAGAUGCUGGACCAGCUAACAGAAUGAUCAGGGGAGGGAUAUCCAUACCGCCUCCAUCCUACGGACCCAGCUCAGGGGGACGUGGAGGCUACCAGCCAAACCGAGGUGGCUAUGGGGGUGGAAGUGGUGGUUACGGGGGCAGACAGGGGCAGGGGAGGAUGCCAUUUUUCAUGGAGAUGCCAGGACCGUAUAACAUGGGGUAUGGAGGUCAGGGCGGUGGCUACCAAAGAAACUCCCAGGGUCAGGACAGUGGUAACAAUCGCUAUGGUAACAGUGGAGGAGGUGGUAGCCAUGGAUACAACCAGGGGGCAUCAAACUACAACCAGGGCGGAGGUGGUUCCUAUGGUGGGUCUUACAACUCUGGUGGCUCCCGACAAGGCGGCAACUCUUACCCUAGUAGUUAUGGGGGAUCCUACUCUACGUCAGGGGGUAGUCGAGAUAGGCAGGACAGGAGUAGGGGUAACCAGGACAACAGAAGUAAUUACCCUCUCCCACCAAACUACAGAAGAAGGUGAAGGCUGGACUGGAUGGCAUAAAGUGGGACACUAAACCAGGCUGGUUAUGCAAUACAAUUGUGUACCAGUCUACAGUUGUCAUGGUGACUAGUUCAUCAGGUGCAACUCACAUUUCUGAAAGAUUCAUUACUUCGGAUUAUUGAAUACAACUGUUAAAACAUGGAUCUAUCAGCCUUAUAUUAUGUGUUCCUUAAGUAAUGUAAAAACUCAGUGACCUAUCAGUACAGUGCCAUUGCAAAAAAAAACUGGGCUCGGGACCUAGAAAAGAACUAGGCUGAAUUAGCUGUAUAAGCAUUACGCCUUUCAGCUGUUGUUAUAUAUUGUAAUGAAUUGUAGAUCUUGACUUUGUGGUAUCAAUGAUGUUAUGGAAUGUAAAAGGUCAAAUGUCGAAAGAAAUGUUGUUAAAAUGAGAGAAAGAUAUCUGUGAGCAGAUAUUGAUGAAUUAAACUGUAUGAUCAAUUGAUUGAUUUUAGACUUUAUCAAUAUUUAUCUUAUCUCCAAAAUUCAAGUACGGAAAUAUCAUAUACAUGUUUUGUCAUCGAAAUAAUAAAAUAUAUACUGCUUUGAACAGAAUAAAAAAAUAUUUGAAAAUU